UCUCGAGACUGCAAGAGUUCAACGGCGCGCACGCGCUUGGGUGAGUUAGGUGACCUUCCAUGCGAACAACAACGGCCCGGUUUUCCUGAUCCGACGACCACAAUCAUCGAUUUUGAAUGCGCGCGAGAGUCAGCGAACACUAUAUGCUAAGCACCACACCCUCUAUUUACUAACAAUCGGACCAUCUCUUCCAUUUUAUUGAUCUGACCAAGGGAGAUUCUUUUGUGGGAAAAUCACCAUGCUGCCAGCAAGUUUGCCUCCACUGAGCAAAAGUGGUCAUGCAACACACUGCAAAAGAUGCUUGUCCGGCUUGCCAUCUUCCCAAGUGGAUAUUGAUCCGGCUAAGCUUGCCCUGUCCUUUUACUGCCUAGGCUCCCUAGAUGUUUCGGGUGAACUCGAAAAAAAAACUAAGGACUGGGAAAGAGAACAAUGGAGGGAAUGGAUAUGGAGUCAACAGACUCACGGACAUUAUGGGACUGGCUUCCGAGCGAGCUCUUAUAUGACUGCGAAACACUCGACAGAGGAACAUUCGGGCCAUGAUAACCCUCAGAUCAUCAUGACUUAUACUGCCCUUCUCUCACUGUCUAUAUUGCGCGACGACUUUUCACGUCUUGACAGGAAGGGCCUCCUGAAAUUCCUUAGCUCCUGUCAGAACAUCGAUGGAAGUUUUUCUUCUGAACCUUUAGGAGGUGACUCUGAUCUACGCACGACGUUCUGUGCUUUCGCCAUAAGCACCAUGCUUGACGACUGGUCAGGGAUGGAUGUUGCAAAUGCUCUCCGGUUCAUCUCUUCGUGCCGGACAUAUGAAGGAGGCUAUGGACAAUCACCGUUUGGGGAGGCUCUAGGCGGCACUACGUAUUGUGCACUGGCAGCACUCCGAUUAGCUACUAAACAACCAGACCCUCUUUCCCUUCAAGAUCGACAGAAAACCGUUCGAUGGCUUGUACAAAAUCAAGCAUCUAAUGGCGGAUUUAGUGGAAGGACUAACAAGGACGCCGACGCAUGUUAUUGUUUCUGGUGCGGCGCAUCGCUGCAUGUGUUAGGUGCAGGCGAUUUGGUUGACAAAGCAGCAAUGUCGUCCUUUAUAGCUUCCUGCCAAUUCAAGUAUGGCGGAAUUGCAAAGAUUCCCGGCGAGCACCCUGAUCCUUAUCACACAUACCUCUCACUGGCAGCGGUGGCGUUGCUCCCACCCAAUUCGUCAGAAGGGACAUCGUGGGCACUUUGUCCUCUAGAUCCUCUAUUGAACGCGACGGACCAGACGUCCUUGUGGGCCAGAGCACAUAUUCCAGCACCUAAAGUUGAUGAUGAUGCAGGCAUAUAAACGCGCGCUAAAUUAUGUUGAAGAAAUAAAUAGCUGGUCUGGAUAGGCACCCGAUUAUAACAUUUCACUGAUUAUCUUCGAAGUGUUUGGAUGCAACAUUGCCUCAUGCCAUUCUUAUUGAGCGAGAAAUGUGUACCGUUGACAAAAGCGGAACCUCUCUUCGAGUUACCUCUUUGUCUAUCAAGUGGGUCUCUCAAGGUGAACGUCA